CUGUUAUCUUUUACUUGUAACCGACUUCUGAUUGGAAAGGGACAGAAGUGGAUCCAGGAUGCAAGGAAUCUGGGCUCUGGCUGUUCUCUGUGUGCUCUUUGCAGAAAUAGAGGCUCAAAACGGGUCUCGUAAUAGAGUGCAGCAGAGCAAGCAACCAGUACAAAGUAAUAAACGUGGACCUUUCAAAUCAUGGAACAGCCAAAUGUAUCCCAUCUGGAAUGGAGGAAAGGACCAGAAGAGAGAUUGCUGGAAAGGAGGUGAAGUGACAUUUGAUAUUGUAAAUGAUUCGCCCACAUUGACUGGUGCAAAGACUACAUUCUCUAUCAAGCUCAACUUUCCCAAAAAUCAGACUGUGCUGCCUGAUGGACAGGUCAUCUGGAACCAGAACUGCACUGAAAAUGGUACCUGGGUAUCUUCUGGAGAGCCAGUUUAUCCUGAUGAAACCACUGAAGGAGCUGACUGUUCCUUUCCCGAUGGUCGCCCUUUCCCACUUGGUGCUGAGAAGAGACGCAGCAAGUUUGUCUACGUUUGGCAGACAUGGGGAAAAUAUUGGCAAGUGGUGGAUGGGCCUGUCUCUAAUCUGACUGUGGACACAGAUGACGUACCCCUUGGCUCGUAUAAUAUGGAAGUUGUCGUAUACCACUAUCGUGGACGCCAGAAAUUCAUCCCUAUUGGCAGUACCUCAUCCCAAUAUGCCAUAACUGAUCAGAUUCCCGUCUCUGUAUCAAUUUCCCAACUCCAGGAUCUGAACGAGGCAGACCAGCGUUUCAUUCAGAACAGAGCUGUGUCCUUCUCAGUAGCAGUCCAUGAUCCCAGCCACUACCUCCAGGCUGCAGACAUAUCUUUCUCUUGGGACUUUGGUGAUCAGAGUGGUACACUCAUCACAAGGAAUACAGAUGUCACUCAUACAUAUAUCUCUUCUGGCGUGUUCAGACCAAAAUUAACCAUGCAAGCUGCUAUCCCUAUAUCUCCAUGUGGCAGUACUGCUGCCUCCAUAACAGAGGGGACAGAUACCACCAAUGUGCCUCCUGAGCCUACAACUGAAGCAGAGGCUUCUACUACAGGUGUUCCAGUUUUGCCCACUGAAACCGAAUCUCCAAGUAAUACCACUUUGCCUGUUGAAGCAGAGCUGAUCACUGCAGAAUCCGAGUUAAACAUGGAGGUUGUUACUGUGCCAGAGGUUGUCCCUGCUGAGGGGGAGGCUGCUACCGAUCCUGAGGUUGUCCCUGCUGAGGGGGAGGCUGCUACCGAUGCUGAGGUUGUCCCUGCCGAGGGGGAGGCUGCUACCGAUGCUGAGGUUGUCCCUGCCGAGGGGGAGGCUGCUACCGAUGCUGAGGUUGUCCCUGCCGAGGGGGAGGCUGCUGUCGAUCCUGAGGUUGUCCCUGCCGAGGGGGAGGCUGCUACCGAUGCUGAGGUUGUCCCUGCCGAGGGGGAGGCUGCUGCCGUUCCUGAGGUUGUCCCUGCCGAGGGGGAGGCUGCUGCCGUUCCUGAGGUUGUCCCUGCCGAGGGGGAGGCUGCUGCCGUUCCUGAGGUUGUCCCUGCCGAGGGGGAGGCUGCUGCCGUUCCUGAGGUUGUCCCUGCCGAGGGGGAGGCUGCUGCCGUUCCUGAGGUUGUCCCUGCCGAGGGGGAGGCUGCUGCCGUUCCUGAGGUUGUCCCUGCCGAGGGGGAGGCUGCUGCCGUUCCUGAGGUUGUCCCUGCCGAGGGGGAGGCUGCUGCCGUUCCUGAGGUUGUCCCUGCCGAGGGGGAGGCUGCUGCCGUUCCUGAGGUUGUCCCUGCCGAGGGGGAGGCUGCUGCCGUUCCUGAGGUUGUCCCUGCCGAGGGGGAGGCUGCUGCCGUUCCUGAGGUUGUCCCUGCCGAGGGGGAGGCUGCUGCCGUUCCUGAGGUUGUCCCUGCCGAGGGGGAGGCUGCUGCCGUUCCUGAGGUUGUCCCUGCCGAGGGGGAGGCUGCUGCCGUUCCUGAGGUUGUCCCUGCCGAGGGGGAGGCUGCUGCCGUUCCUGAGGUUGUCCCUGCCGAGGGGGAGGCUGCUGCCGUUCCUGAGGUUGUCCCUGCCGAGGGGGAGGCUGCUGCCGUUCCUGAGGUUGUCCCUGCCGAGGGGGAGGCUGCUGCCGUUCCUGAGGUUGUCCCUGUCGAGGGGGAGGCUGCUGCCGUUCCUGAGGUUGUCCCUGUCGAGGGGGAGGCUGCUGCCGUUCCUGAGGUUGUCCCUGUCGAGGGGGAGGCUGCUGCCGUUGCAUUAGAAGUUGAGGUCGCAUCAGCAGCUCAGACUGUGGCUGCCACUGGACAGGAAGAUGUGUUACUACUUGCAAAGAGACAGGCUCCCGAGGAUCCUCUUGUAGGCUGCCUCCUAUAUCGUUAUGGAACAUUUGCAACUGAACUGGAUGUUGUUCAGGGAAUUGAGAGUGUCGAGAUUGUGCAAGUAGACUCCAUAGCGGCUGUCGGUGUGGAGAACGCUGUGGAUCUCACUAUAACCUGUCAAGGGGGUCUUCCUAGCCAGGUGUGCACAGUCAUAUCUGACUCAAACUGUCAAAUUCCUCAAGAGACACUGUGUAACCCAGUGGAGCCCUCAUCUGACUGCCAGAUGGUUCUACGGCAAGUGUUCAACGGGACCGGUACCUUCUGUGUCAAUGUGUCCUUAACGGACAACGUUAGCUUGGCUGUUGCUAGUACACAAGUAACAGUGUCAGGAGGUCCAGUAUCCUCAACAAACGGUAUAGUCGUAACUGUUGGCAUUCUUCUGGUUGCCCUGGCUGUGGCUGCUGUUGCGUAUACAUACAGACGUACAAAGUCUUACACGCCCCUACGUACAGAGAAUGCUUCAAUCAACUGGUUCCCUGACCGCUCAUCUCUACGCCUCUUCUUUCAAAAUGCCCUUGGACGUUCCAUAAAUGGCGAGAGUAGUCCCCUCUUAAAUGGUCAUGUUGUGUAAUAAAGAAAAGAUGGAACAGUA